GAGAGAGANGAGAGAGAGAGAGAGAGGAGGGAGAGGGGAUGGCGACGACGAUGGUGGGAUCGCUGCGGAGGGUGUUGAGCGCGGCGGCGGUGCGGGGGGCGGCGGAGGCGCGGGCGGCGAUAUUCGGGCACGUGCUGAACCCGUCGGGGAAGCGGUCGGCGCACAAGAUCCUGCGCAAGAAGCUCAUCGGAUGGAAGGUCGCGCAGUGGUACCCCUACGACAUCAAGAACGACGAUCCCCGCGUCCUCGCCCGCGAGGAGAAAGAGCGUUUGGCUAAAUUGGAAAUGCUGAAGCGUCGCGGUAAGGGUCCGCCAAAGAAGGGCCAGGGGAGGCGUGCCGUCAAACGCAAUAAGUGAUUGCAACAUCCCUCCUUGUUUCUUCUCACUUUUCAGCUCCAAUAAUGUAGCCUUUUUCUUUUUCCCAACCAAACAGUGAGUGUGUUUGUAUUAUUAGGUUUUGGAAAUGUUUUAUCUCAUGUAGAUUUGCCUGUAGGAAAUUAUUAUUAUCAUCUUUAUUACUGGAUAAUAUUUUGGGUUAAACAAACCAUUACGCUGCACCGCCGAUGCUUUGCAACUUUGAUGU